ACUCUUGCGUAUCAUUGUCGUACACGUAUUAUUUCCAAAAUCAAAAUAAACCUCGCAAAAUUUUCGAAUUACAUUGCUUAAAAAUUGUGAAAAACGCAUGAAAACACUUCGAAUAUUGUGAAAUUACAUACGCAAACGUAUACCGUUGGAGACACCGUACCGUUGGUUAAAAGUUAGACUAAAAUUACCGGCAAGAUGAGCGAUAUUCAAACAUGGUACAAGCAGGUUCCGAUUUUCACUCGCAUCUGGCUAUCAGCAACCGUUGGAAUUAGUUUGUUGGCUCGUUUCGGAAUCCUGCCACCGCAAUAUCUGGUCCUUCAGCAAUAUCCCCUUUUCAGACAACUUCAGUUAUGGCGACCGAUGACGGCUGUUUUCUUCUACCCACUCAACCCAGCCACCGGGUUCCAUUUCAUGUUGAACUGUUUCUUCCUGUACAACUACUCACUUCGGUUAGAGACGGAUCACUUUAAGCAGAAACCUGGCGACUAUUUCUAUCUACUGUGCUUCAACUGGAUACUGUGCGUCAUUAUCGGGUUACUUGUGGAUCUGCCGAUCCUCAUGGACCCUAUGGUUCUGUCCGUUCUUUAUGUGUGGUGCAAACUGAACAAGGAUGUGAUUGUCAAUUUUUGGUUUGGCACUCGCUUUAAAGCCAUGUAUCUUCCAUGGGUUCUACUAGGAAUGAAUUUAAUCCUUUCGUCAGGAAGCAUUUUCUCUAUUGUCGGAAUUCUGGUAGGACAUGCGUACUAUUUUCUCAAGUUCAUUUACCCACAGGAACUGGGUGGUCCCAGUCUACUUGAAACGCCCGCUUUCAUAAAACGAUUCAUUCCGGACGUUAGUGGAGGUGUGCAUGGUUUUGGAGUUCCUCCGGUUGGACAGCGGCCAGUUAAUGCGCAACAGCAACCACAAGGCAACGGAUUUAGUUUCCGGCACGCCUGGGGUCGUGGACAUGUGCUUGGGCGCGAGUAAGGUGAAUAAACUGCAUUUUCUAUCAAUAUUCGGUGUAUGCAAAAAAAAAACAAAACGUUGCCGGUCAUUUUCACAAAAAAUGUAAAUAUUGCGAACGCAAAUGUGUAGCUUUUCUCAUCCCAUCAAUGUCAUAAAACAAAUUUAUUUUUACUGUGGAGAAAACAAUCGUAGCAGAUCGGCCUUGUGCAAGGGAAUUUAUUGACAUCUAACGAAUAUAAAGUAAUUAUUGUAAAAACGA